GCAGUCAGUAAGCGCUUUCUUCUGUUUGUCAGGCUCUGAUAUUGUCCAGUGGAUGCAGAAGAACCUGAACAUUGAAGACCAAGUGGAGGCUCUUCAUCUGGGGACGCUGAUGGCGGCUCACGGUUAUUUCUUCCCCAUAUCAGACCACGUUCUCAUGCUGAAGGAUGACGGAACCUUCUACCGCUUUCAGACUCCGUACUUCUGGCCGUCAAACUGCUGGGAACCAGAAAACACUGACUAUGCGGUGUACCUCUGUAAACGAACAAUGCAGAAUAAAGCUCGUCUGGAGUUGGCCGAUUAUGAAGCUGAGAGUUUGGCGAGGCUGCAGAGAGCUUUUGCACGGAAAUGGGAGUUCAUAUUUAUGCAAGCAGAAGCACAAGCGAAAGUGGACAAAAAACGGGACAAGAUCGAGCGGAAGAUCUUGGACAGUCAGGAGCGGGCGUUCUGGGAUGUUCACAGACCUGUGCCUGGCUGUGUGAACACUACCGAAGCCGACAUAAAGAAAUCGUCCCGGAUGAAGCAGCCGCACAAAACACGGAAGUCGGUGUACGGUCUACAGAACGACAUCCGCAGUCACAGUCCGACUCACACAGCCGCACCGGAAGUGAAAGAGCCUACGGAGGACGAGCUUCGCAACCAGAUCCAGCUCUGGCAAACACAGCUAGACAGACACCGGUUAAAAAUGUCCAAAGUCGCCGAGAGCUUGUUGAGUUUCUCGGAGCAGUAUAUCGAGUACGAUCCGUUCUUCACGACGCCGGAGCCGUCGAACCCCUGGAUCUCUGAUGAUGUCACUUCCUGGGAGCUGGAGGCCAGUAAAGAAGCAGGGCAGCAGCGGGUGAAGCGCUGGGGAUUCUGCUUCGACGAGGUUCUGAAGGAUCCGGUCGGGAGAGAGCAGUUCCUCAGGUUCCUGGAGUCCGAGUUCAGCUCCGAGAACCUGAGGUUCUGGCUGGCGGUGCAGGAGCUGAAGAAGCGUCCGAUCCGGGAGGUUCCCAGCAGGGUGCAGGAGAUCUGGGACGAGUUUCUGGCUUCUGGAGCUCCGAGUGCCAUCAACGUCGACUCCAGGAGCUACGACAAAACCACGCAGAACAUCAAGGAUCCCGGCCGAUACGCUUUCCAGGACGCUCAGGAGCACAUCUAUAAACUCAUGAAGAGUGACUCCUACAGCCGCUUCAUCAGAUCCAGCGCCUACCAGGAGAUGCUGCAGGCCAAGAAGAAGGUAAAGCCUCUGAAGCGCCUGGAAACAGCCAUCUAAAUGUCCUCAUUCUGCUUCAGUUACUCCUGUGUUUAUUUCUGUUUAAGCCCUCGUCUCCCGUCACGAGGUGUCUGCCGCAUCUCGUUUGUUUUUCUUCUUCUGUUCUGUUCUGUUGUGUCUGUUUUGUUUUGAAGUGAUGAAACAGGAAGUGCUGAUUGGCUGGUUUUUCUGUGAUGUGAGAAGCAAGAAUCUUUUCUAGGGUCUGAAGCUCAG